AUGAAGGUCUUAUCUAUCCUGAUAGCCGCCGGUUUGAUGACUGGUGUAUACUUUGCCAUGAGCGGAUCAUCUGUUGAUGAGGUUGAAUUAGCUUUCGGAGCUUAUACUACCGAGUUCAACAAGAACUACCAGAGCGAAGAAGAGUACAACUUCAGAAAGAACAUCUUCGAAGCUAACCUCAAAACUAUCAAUGAGCACAACGCUAAAGGUGUCUCAUUCACCAUGGGUACCAACGCUUUCACUGACUGGACUGACGAAGAGUACAAGAGAAUGCUCGGUUAUAAGUCAAACAGAAAUACUCCACAAGAAUUCAGAAACCUCGGAGAUCUCCCAACCAACUGCAAGAACCUUCCUAGAAAGAGCAUUGACUGGAGAGACGAAGGCAUCGUCACUGAUGUUAAGAACCAAGGUGCAUGUGGGUCAUGCUGGGCCUUCGCUGCUGUUGGAUCAUUGGAGGGAGCUUAUGCUAAGACCACUGGAGACCUCGUCAGUUUCUCUGAGUCCCAACUCGUUGAGUGCGACAAGUUCUCUCAUGGAUGUAGUGGAGGUUUGAUGUUCAAUGGAUUUAACCACUGGAUGAGGAACAGCCCCAGAACUGAAGAAGACUACCCAUACCCAAAGAACGCUAAGCCAGGAAAAUGUAGCGAAGACAAAAUUCCAUCUGACUACCCUCUCCUUGAGUGGGGUUACAGAGUUGAUAUUACAUGGGAAUGCCUCUAUGAAGCUUUGACCCACAAUGUAGUCUCUGUUGCCAUUAGAGCCGAGAAUGAUCCAUUCAGACACUACUCUGGAGGAAUUAUCGAUGAUGACGAGUCUCAUGGAAUCGAUUGCGGAACUGACCUCGAUCACGGAGUCACUCUCGUUGGAUACGACGCUGAUGAAGAUGCUUGGAUUGUCAAGAACUCUUGGGGAGCCGGCUGGGGAGAAAAUGGAUUUGUCAGAAUCAGAAGAGGAGAAGGAAUGGGUGUCUGUGGUAUCAACCAAGAAAACUCCCAAGCCGUCUAUGACGAUUCUGAAUACAGAAAAUAAGUAAAUUCCCUGUGUUAAAACAUUCAGAACUGAAUCUUUA